GGAGCCACGUGAGAGCUGUGUGUCUACUUGCACGGUCAAAACUAAGUUAAACUUUGAGGAAAAUAACAUUUGUAGACUAAAAUACCUCUACCGGCACAAGUAGUAUCGUGCAGUUAAUCAUCGUGCGUGGUGUGGUUUAGUAACUCGUUUGCCUUAGCUUGAGGUGAAAGAGCAGCCAGGAGCCAGGUCCGCCCUGUUUUUUUUUUUUUUAUUAGCUUUAGAUGAAGUAAAUAAGUGCAAAGUGCUUGGACUAUCAAACGUGGACGGUGAGAGACAGUCAGCUAUAAACGCCAGGCAUUGUUUUUACCGAAAGGACUGGAGAGGAGGAGGAGGAUUAGCCGAAGCUGAUGGGAUAAUUAGCAUCACCUGUGCGGAGCUGCAUCACCAACCGGACAGGUAACAGUCGCACCUCCUCAUGCAGCUCCACCUCCGGCCUCCUCCGCCUGCCGCUGCACCUCCUGAGCCCUCUAGGUGGUGUUUUCCUCUGUUGCCGGGGGGAGUUGGCCUGCCAGAGCUCUGCGUACCAGCUGAACAGGAUGUCGAUGUGAUAUCUGCGAUGGAGACCAGGGCUUGAUAUCUGGAUCUGGACACUGAUCGACAAUGGACCGGCUGGUUCUGUGUGUCCUGCUGUGUGCAGCUUUGGUGAAGGGAUACAGCUGCCCCGGCCGCUGCAUCUGCCAACACCUCUCGCCUACUCUGACCCUGCUCUGCGCUAAGACUGGCCUGUUGUUCGUACCCCCCACAAUUGAUCGCAAAACCGUUGAGCUGCGCCUCACCGACAACUUCAUCACCAUCAUCCGCAGGAAAGACUUUUUCAACAUGACAAGUCUAGUCCACCUCACCUUGUCCCGCAACACCAUCAGCCAGAUUAUGCCCCAUGCCUUUGUUGGCCUGCGAGCCCUGCGGGCCCUCCAUAUGGACGGCAACCGCCUCAGCGUAAUAAAAACUGACCACUUCAGAGGCCUAGUCAAUCUGCGCCACCUCAUUCUUGGAAACAACCAGAUCCACCACGUGGCUCCCACCUCCUUUGAUGAAUUUGUUUCCACCAUAGAGGACUUGGAUCUAUCCAAUAACAACCUGCGAAGCCUGCCCUGGGACGCCAUAGCCAGAAUGACUAACAUUAACACGCUCACGCUGGACCACAACCUGAUUGACCACAUUGGAGCUGGAACGUUUACUCUCCUCACCAAGCUGGUCCGUCUGGACAUGACCUCCAACAGACUGCAGAAGCUGCCACCGGACAGCCUGUUCCAGCAUGCCCAGGUGCUCUCAGACGCCAAGGGCUCCAAUCCCUCCACUCUGGCAGUGAGCUUCGGGGGGAAUCCUCUCCACUGUAACUGCGAGUUGCUGUGGCUCCGCAGGCUGACAAGAGAGGACGACCUGGAGACUUGCGCCUCUCCCGAGCAUCUCAUGGACAAAUACUUCUGGUCCAUCCAAGAGGAAGAAUUUAUCUGUGAGCCUCCUCUGAUCACCAAGCAUCAUGCCACCAAGCCCUAUGUAAUGGAAGGUCAGGGCGUGACUCUCAAAUGCAAAGCCAUGGGAGACCCAGACCCGGACAUUCACUGGCGUUCACCAGAUGGCAAGCUGGUGCAUAACAACUCUCGCACCAUCUUGUAUGAUAAUGGCACCCUUGAUAUUCUCAUCACCACUCUGAAGGACAGCGGGGCAUUUAAUUGUGUGGCAUCUAACGCCGCAGGCAUCGCUACAGCUGCUGUUGAGAUCAACAUGAUCCCUCUACCCCUGUUUGUCAACAACACAGGCCACAUGCGCGAGGACCCAGGCCUUUCAGACAUUACCACCUCCUCCAAAUCUGGUAAUGACACCAAGGGCUAUGACAAGCAGGACAAGCGGGUUAUGGUCACUGAGCUGACCUCAUCCUCCGCUGUAAUUCGCUGGCCAUCUGAACGGCAUAUCCCCGGUAUCAGGAUGUACCAGAUUCAGUACAACAGCACUGCGGAUGACACACUGGUGUACAGAAUGAUCCCAUCUACCAGCAAGACCUUCUUAAUCAAUGAUCUGGCCGCGGGGCGGGAGUAUGACCUUUGUGUGCUGGCGGUUUACGAUGAUGGCAUCACAUCAUUAACGGCCACACGUGUGGUCGGCUGUGUGCAGUUCCACACGGCGAGCGAGGUUAGCCAGUGUCGCUUCAUGCACAGCCAGUUCCUAGGGGGCACCAUGAUCAUCAUUAUCGGUGGUAUAAUUGUUGCUUCAGUGCUGGUGUUCAUCAUUAUCCUUAUGAUCCGGUACAAGGCCUACAGCAGCCCAGAGGACAGCAAAGCGAAGGUCAGCUCCAGCAUGCACUCUCAGACCAACGGCAGCCAACAAAGGCUCCAGCACUCCUCCUCCAAGCAGCCCUCAGAGGAGGGCCACCGCGACACCCAGGCGCCAAAAGAGUGCAUGGCACUGGUGCUGAGGGUGGACAAUGAGAAGAAGGAGGAUCCAGCAGCCACUACUGCCAUCCUGGAGGUGGAGCUGCCUCCUGUAAAUAUGGACAAGAUGAAAAGAAGAACCAGUUUGGAUGCCCAGCGCUCUGGCCCUCCAUCUGAGGACACGCAGACAGACAGUAGCCUGACGGGCUCAACCAUGUCCCUGUGUCUCAUUGGCCCUAAUGCUGGCACCAAGGAGGCUCCAAGGCUCAAGGACAAGAAAAGUGCCCUGGCCAACAUGGGGUUGCUCCCUAACGAGCUGGCACGAACUAGGCACAGGUUCUCUUUUGACGGAGGAGAUUACUCCAUAUUUCAGAGUCAUAGUUACCCACGCAGAGCGAGGACGAGGUGGCACAAGUCCACUAACCAGCUCAACGUGGAGUCCUCGCCACUCGCCAACAGGAGAGUUACAUUCAGCAGCACUGAGUGGAUGCUUGAGAGCACAGUCUGAGGGAAGCUGUACAGCCUGUAUGGCUCUGUCGCUCAGCCACACACACACACACAGACACACGUACAAACACACACACACACACACACACACACCCCUACACAUAGACAGACACACACAAUGUGAAUUUCACACGUGUUACACUGUAAUACGCAAGCACACAUUUUACUGUACACAGCAUACUCUACAUGAGCAUAUUUACACGUGCAAACUCUCUGUGAGUUGCUGGAGAAGAACACAGUCUCCUCUCAUCCUGCCUCCCCAUCGUUCUCCCACAGAGGUUUGUUGGCCAUGUCAUUUCUUUAUGCAGCAGUGCCUUAUUCUGAAAGUUGUACGAAUGGAGGAUGCUGCUCACUGUAGUCAUCAAACUUCCUCUCGAUCAUUGCCUCCCCUCCUCCCCCUUGUAAUGGGGAGCGUUACUUUUGAUUUUUGAUUUCCCUUUUCUGUGACAUGCCAAGGGGUGUGGCGUUUGGAUGUGACUGUUUACUGUAUCUUUUAAUUGUUGAAAAACAAAACAAGAAAACCCAAUUACAUCACACUGUAAAGUGAACAGCCAGGUAUCCUGUAUGUCAAUCAUAUUUUGGGUUCUUUCAAAAAAAACAAAAAAACAAAACAAAAAAAAAACUUUUGCACAGAAGACACGAGAUACAAGGACAAGUAUCACCACCAGUCUAUACAAUAAUAAAAAAAAAUACUAGAAUUAUACACAUGCCGAUUUCUAAUGUUAGCAUAGAGAGGAUGGACCUGCAAACCGUGGAUUCCUCUUUGAUGGUUGGACUGUAUGAUAUUAAUAGGUAUUGUUCCAGAUGUGACUGUAUAUUAAUCGGUACUGUAUCUGGCUGGUCUAGAUAAAAAGACAACAACAAAAAAGACAUAUAUAAGUAUAUUAAAGCAUUGGUGUAUGUGUACUAACUAUGUAAGUAAGUAAGUCAUAUGUCAAAUGACUUUUUACGAAGCAUUUGGGUGUUGGCUGCAAGUUUUUACAUUAAAAACCUGUGUCAUCACACCUCUCCCUAUUUAGUAUGUCAAAGUUUGGACCAUUUAUCCCCUACAGAGGGUAUUAAAUUUUUUGUGUGGGUUAACUGUA